UAACUUGGCAACACUACUGACCAUUAAUAGCUACGUUCGAACCUAAGAACAAGGAAGUUCGAACCAGCUUGUACAUAUCCCUUUAUAAAGUAAUGAUUUAAUCGAUUAAUAGAAGCAGUUAUAGUGUAUUAAUAAAAUUUAUAGUCGGAUGGUUUUAGAUAUAUUCGAAUAAUUCGAAUUAAUUGUUCAGUCUAAUAGUAGUCGUAUCAAUAAGUUCGUGUUCUAGAAGUAGUAGUGAUUUAUUCGCAGUUUGUAAUCAUGAAAAAAUCUUUUGUACUUUUUUCAACAAUAUAAAAUAUUAUUUGAAAAAAGUAAAAAUCGUUAUAUUUAGCAGAAAAAUAUUUCAAAUUUGGGAACAAAAGAAUACAAAUCUGGCAAGUUUGUAUUUGUCAAAAAAAUGUAUUUACUUGAGAAAGUUGAGAGUUAAAUUCAAAUUUAAUUUAUUUUUUAUGAAUUAAUCCAACUAAAUUAUUUCUAUUAUAACACUGAAAUGAUAUAGAGUCCCUUUUAUAGCCGAUGAAAUCUUUAUACUGUUUUUAAAUCCAAACAUGACGCAAAAACUAACACUCAAAUUGUUAGGAAUCGUGUUUCUUUCAAGUUUACCCUUUUUAUUUAGUUUACACGGUGACUUUGUGUUUGAUGAUUCCGAGGCUAUUAUUAAGAACAAAGAUAUAUUAUCAGAAUCAUGGUUUGACUGUUUUUAUAAUGACUUUUGGGGCACAAACAUAAAGAGCAAUCUAAGUCACAAAUCGUAUCGUCCUUUGACUGUUCUAUCGUUCAGGUUGCAAUACUUUCUAAAUGGGCGAAGUUUAUCACCAUUUCAAUUCAAAGUUGCCAAUUUAGUAUGUCAUAUUAUAUGCUGUAUUUUGGUCUGGCAGGCGUUUGAGAGCAUGACAAAAACUUUAUGCAUACCUGAAAAAAAUAAGUAUAUUAACACUGCGUACCUAGCAUCUGUAGUGUUUGCAGUGCAUCCUGUACAUGUGGAAGCAAUAUGCGGCAUAGUAGGUCGUGCUGAUAUAUUGGCGGCAAUAACAUUUUUUCUAUCCUUUAUUGCUUAUAAUAAAGCAAUAACUACUCAAAGAGUUAUAUAUUUGAGUGCUGCAAUAUUAUUAGCAGCAGUUUCAAUGUUGUUCAAAGAGAAUGGUGUGACAGUAUUGGGUUUCUGCUUAUGUUAUGAAAUAGUUGCAAAAUUGCAAAUGAAAAAUAUUACAAAACAAAAAAAUAAUUAUAAAUACAAAUAUUUACAUUCCAUGUUACGAAUUGUCGUUACCAUUGUAUCUAUAAUUUUACUUCUUUAUGGAAGAUGGAUACUUAUGGGUAGUGCUAAACCUGACUUCAAACCUACCGAUAAUCCUACUGCUUUCUCUGAAAACAUUUACACAAAGGCUGGGACAUAUAACUACAUAUAUUUCCUUAAUUCCCUUUUGUUUAUUUGGCCCCAAUGGUUGUGUUAUGACUGGUCUAUGGGCUGUAUACCCAUAAUCAGAAGUACUUUAGAUUAUAGAAUAACAUUGAUAAUAUUAAUGUUUACCUAUGUUGUACUGAUACUAAUAGCAAUAUUAAAUAAACAAAAUAAGGAAUCAUUUAAAAGCUUUCUCAUAUUAGCAAUAGUUCUAAUAGUAGUACCAUUUUUACCAGCAGCAAACAUAUUAUAUCCAGUUGGUUUUGUUAUAGCUGAGAGAAUCCUAUACAUACCUUCUGCUGGUUAUUGUCUGUUGUUGACACUUGGUGUAAACAAAAUAAUUGCAAGAGGAGAAACAAUAAAGAAGAUGGUAUUUAUAUUCUUUCUUUUAUUAAUAUUUAUUUAUUUGCUCAGAUGUUGGCAAAGAUCUUUUGAUUGGCAAAAUGAGUAUCAGUUAUUUAUCAGUGGACUAUCAGUAUGUCCACUAAAUGCUAAAGUUCACUACAACGUAGCAAAAGUAGCAGAUGCUGCAAACCAAACAGAAUGGGCUAUUGCUGAAUACAAGGAAUCAAUAAGAUUAUACCCGGAAUACUACCAGGCAUUGAACAACCUGGCUAAUUUGUUUAAAAAUCAAAAACAAUUUCCUGAGGCGGAAAGCUAUCUUAGAACAGCUCUUAAAUAUAAGCAAGAUUUCUCAGCUGCAUGGAUGAAUUUGGGAAUAGUACUUGCUAGUACUAAUCGAUUUACAGAAUCUGAAAAUGCUUACAAAAAUGCACUGAAGUAUCGAAAAAAUUAUCCUGAUUGCUAUUACAACCUGGGAAAUUUGUAUCUGAGUAUGAACAAAACACAGAACGCUAUUGAAAAUUGGACGCAAGCUAUACAUUUAAAUUCUAAGCACGUCCUAGCUUGGAUCAAUUUGCUUGCUUUAUUAGAUAACACAGAAAAUAUAGAAACAGCAAAAGAAUUUAUACCGAGAGCUAUUGCAGAGCUGCCAGAUUCGCCUUCAGUUCUUUUUGCAAUUGCCAACAUUUACGGCAAAAUGGAACGAUACACUGAAGCAGAGGAACACUUUUUAAAGUCGAUCAAAUUAUUUGGUGAUCGUGUACAAGCCAUACAUUAUUCAAAUCUUGGAGUGUUAUAUCAUCGUUGGAGAAAAUAUAAUUUAGCAGAACAGAUGUAUAAGAAGGCUUUAACACUUAAUCCUGUAUUUGCAAGCGCUCAUAAAAAUAUUAAAAGUUUACAGAAACUUAAAAAUAAAUUAUAUUAAUAAAAAG